CGGAGUGACUUACGGCCGCCCCGCCCCCUUGGAGAGCGCCCGUUGGUGGGCGCGGAAUACGGAGGCCGGCGCGGGCCCGGGUGCGGUGGACUGGCCGUGCCGAAGCAUGACCCAGUCGGUGGUCGUACAGGUCGGCCAGUGCGGAAACCAGAUCGGCUGCUGCUUCUGGGACCUGGCGCUAAGGGAGCACGCCGCCGUCAACAAGAAAGGGAUUUAUGAUGAGGCAAUAAGCAGCUUCUUUAGAAAUGUGGAUACCAGAGUGGUUGGUGAUGGUGGCAGUAUUUCCAAAGGGAAAAUUUGUUCUUUAAAAGCACGUGCUGUUUUGAUUGACAUGGAGGAAGGGGUAGUAAAUGAAAUUCUUCAGGGACCAUUGAGAGAUGUAUUUGAUAGUAAGCAGCUCAUCACUGAUAUUUCAGGCUCAGGGAAUAAUUGGGCUGUGGGUCACAAAGUGUUUGGCAGUCUUUAUCAGGAAAAGAUUUUAGAGAAACUCAGAAAGUCAGCAGAGCACUGUGAUUGUUUGCAGUGUUUUUUUAUAAUACAUUCCAUGGGAGGAGGAACAGGAUCUGGACUUGGCACAUUUCUUUUAAAGGUGCUCGAGGAUGAAUUCCCAGAAGUAUACAGAUUCGUGACUUCGAUUUAUCCUUCUGGUGAGGAUGAUGUCAUAACCUCACCUUACAAUAGCAUCUUGGCAAUGAAGGAACUUAAUGAGCACGCAGACUGUGUUUUGCCCAUUGACAACCAAUCUUUAUUUGACAUCAUUAGCAAAAUUGACGUCAUGGUGAAUUCUGGAAAGUUGGGUGCAGCUAUAAAGCCAAAGAGUCUGGUUACUUCAAGUACUGGAGUUUUUAAAAAGCGGCAGGAGAAACCUUUCGAUGCAAUGAACAACAUUGUGGCAAAUUUGCUGCUCAAUUUAACAAGCUCUGCCAGGUUUGAAGGAUCCCUUAAUAUGGACCUAAAUGAAAUCAGCAUGAAUUUAGUUCCUUUUCCUCAACUGCAUUAUCUUGUUUCAAGCCUAACACCUCUGUAUACACUGGCAGAUGUUAACAUUCCUCCUCGAAGGCUGGAUCAGAUGUUUUCAGAUGCCUUUAGUAAAGACCACCAGCUAAUUCGAGCUGACCCCAGACAUAGUCUCUACCUUGCCUGUGCCCUCAUGGUUAGAGGAAAUGUACAGAUUUCUGAUCUUCGCAGAAACAUUGAAAGAUUAAAACCUUCUCUACAGUUUGUCUCCUGGAAUCAAGAAGGCUGGAAGACCAGCUUGUGUUCAGUACCUCCCGUGGGCCAUUCCCAUUCGUUAUUAGCACUGGCAAACAACACGUGCGUGAAGCCUACCUUCGUAGAACUGAAAGAGAGAUUCAUAAGGCUCUACAAGAAAAAGGCUCAUCUUCAUCACUAUCUACAAAUUGAAGGGAUGGAGGAAAGCUGUUUCUCAGAAGCCGUGUCAUCUUUAUCAGCACUUAUACAGGAAUAUAACCAACUGGAUGCCACAAAAAGCAUGCCUGUGGAAGAUUUACCUAGACUAAACGUAGCUGUGUGAGAAAGAAACCCAAAGAUAACACUUUAAUUUCACAUUUUUUACCCCCUUACCUUUCUGUUUCAGAAUUUUUGUGAUUCAAAAAGCCUAAUGUGUUUUUCAUAUUGAGAAGACUGUCUUUAGAAUGGUUUCCAUUUAAUUACAAUUUGUUGAUGAUACCGUUGUGUGAAAUUAGCCAAGUACUAGUGCCUUAACGUCAAACAUUUGUCUUCCAAAAAAGUCUUGUUUUCUAAAAUUGAGAAUAGAGCUCAACAUUUUACUUUAUUUAUCGUCUCAUAUUUAGUCAUUUAUACAGAGAUAAUCAUGGCUGCAAUAAAAUCUUGUACAGAUAUUUUUAUAUUUAUAACUUGUUUUCAUAGUCUGUUUAAAUUCUGACUCUUUAAAAGUAAAUACAGGAGUAGAACAUAAUAUAAAUAUUUCUUUUGUAACAGCCACUAACUUCAGGAAUAGAUUUUAUUACAAUUUAAGGAGGUUUUAUUUCUUCUUUGGGUAACCACUUGUUUGCACUCAAAAGAAUCACAGUUUACAAUUAACUUGUAUUAAGUUAUUUAUUAUAAAAUUUUUUUUAAUCAAACCAGUUGGUUUUGUAAUAAUAAAUGUUCACCUUUUAAAA